AUGAAGGCAGCUGGAGCAUGGUUCAUUGCAGCCGCAUCAAUUGCAUCUGCCGCUGCAGAGCCCUCGCGGCCUCGUGGUGUUGGCCCUGAGUUUGCAAAGUUUUACAAGGAUGCUGAAUCAUUCACUUGCAUUUCCAACCCAUCCAUCAAGAUUCCUUUCUCCCAGGUCAACGACGACUACUGUGACUGCCCCGAUGGCUCUGACGAGCCUGGCACCUCUGCCUGCUCCUACCUCUCCCCGUUAUCGCCCUCGACGCUCUCGGAUACCACAAACAAGGACCAGAUAAACUCUACGCAAGUCUUGCCUGGAUUCUAUUGCAAGAACAAGGGUCACCAGCCCAGCUACGUCCCUUACACCAGCGUCAACGACGGCUUCUGCGACUACGACCUCUGCUGCGAUGGUAGCGAAGAGUGGGCUGGUGUCGGCGGUGUCAAGUGCCAGAACAAGUGCGACGAGAUUGGCAAGGAGUGGAGGAAGAAGACUGAGUCCCGCCAGCGUUCUCUCAACAAUGCCAACAAGAAGAGAAAGGAAUACACCAACGAGGCUCAACGCCUGAGAAAGGAGGUCGAGGACAGAAUCAAGACCCUGCAGACCCAGCUUACUGCUUCUGAGAUGCACGUCACGGACAUGGAGAAAGAGCUGGCUGAAGUUGAGCGCCGUGAGAAGGGCAAGAUUGUCAAGGGCCAGGGCGCCAAGCAGGGCAAGGUGGGUGUGCUUGUCGGUCUUGCAAAGCAGAGAACCGAAGAACUGAGAGAUCAUCUCGUGCGUGUUCGUCAAGAGCGUGACACAUCCAAGGACCGCGUCAAGGAGCUGGAAGCCAUUUUGUCGACCUUUAAGGAGGAGUACAACCCCAACUUCAAUGACGAAGGUGUCAAGAGAGCUGUUCGUGCUUGGGAGGACUAUGCUGCCCGCGACAAGAGUGGUGAUGACACUUCGGCGCAUGAUAGAGAUCUUAACGAGAUCACCAAGACCGACAAGGACAAUGGUCUUGACUGGGAGUCAUACCUCGAAGCCGAAGGUCAAGACGUCGAAGUUUUAUACGAGAUCGAGAACUAUCUUCCUAAGCCUCUUCGUGAUUGGGUUGACCAGAAGCUACGCAAUCUUCGUGUUAUGCUGAUUGAAAAUGGCAUCCUCGCCGACUUGUCCUCGGAGGGCGGCGAGUCAGCCGCCGUGAACGGUGCAAAGGACCGCCUCAAGUCUGCCCAAGAUGCCGUCAACUCGCAACGCAGAGAUCUCGACUCCCACAACGAAGACUUGAACAAGGAGUACGGUCCUGAUGGAGUCUUCCGUGCUCUUAAGGGUCAGUGUAUUUCUGUCGACUCUGGCGAAUACACCUACGAACUCUGCUUCAUGGAGCACACUACCCAAAAAUCCAAGAAGGGCGGCAGCAACACUCGCAUGGGCAACUUUGUCCGCUUCGACAAAAUCACUGUUGACGAAGAGGUGUCUGCUGACGGCAAGGGCCUUGGCUCUGGCGAGCGCAUUGCCAUGAGACAUGAAAAUGGACAGCACUGCUGGAACGGACCCAACCGUAGCACUACCGUCAUCUUGGCUUGUGCCGAACAAAAUGAGAUCUGGAAGGUCUUCGAGGAGGAAAAGUGUGUGUAUCGUAUGGAGGUUGGCACACCUGCUGUCUGUGAGGCUCUCAAGCAGGCAGAAGUUGUCAAGGAUGAGUUGUAG